GAUGCUGCGCCCCCCUCGCCCCCCCUGACCCCCUUAGCCUGCAGUACCCCCGCGCGCCGGCAGGAGGCCGCGCGUCCUCUAUCCAUGGUGCUGAAGAUCCGGCUCUGUCCGUGGUGCUCAGGGAUCCAUCCAUCCACCCGGCUGCGAUGCCGUUCCACUGACCGUGCGGGCGGGUCUUGCGGGUUCUUGCGGUGUGCUGCGGUGUCAGUGGCGGGGCCGCGCGGCCGUCGGCGCCUUUGGACGGGAUGCGGGAGCGGAGGGGGAGGGGAGCGCACUGAGUGUCUGCAGAGCAGCAGGAGUUCAUCAGAAAUUCCCCUCUGAGUUGUGGGCGGGGCUUUCUGUGCUGACUUCUCACGUGUUAAACUGUCCUGAUCCAGAUGAGUCAAGAGACGACGGAGGUUCGAACAAGAACCCGCUCCAAAGGCAUCAAAGGGUCAACAGAACUGGACAAACAAGAGAUGAAAUUGGAACUAAGCACCUGUCCCACCCCAGGAUGUGACGGCAAAGGGCACGUCAGCGGAAGAUACUCCAGACACAGAAGUGUUCUGGGCUGUCCAAUCGUAAAGAAACGGAAGCUAGAAGAGGCUGAAGCUGAGGACAACCAGCCUGCAUCCAAGCAGAGAAAUCUGCCGACGAAAAAGCCUGAAGAAGAAAGCGACACAGCAGAGGAAGAAGAGCAAAGAGACAAUGAAGACGUAGGAGAAGAUGUCAUCAAAGACACAGUUAAAGCAAAAACUGAAGAGAUACAAGAUGACAGCUCGAUGGUGAUAGCAGAAGAUCCAAAAACACCAAAUUCUCUGAGUGAUGAUCUUAGGGACAUAACCGUCACUUCUGAGCUCAAAGUCGAGGGUCAUGGGAUCAGCGAAGAGGUAAAUCUGGAGACAACUGAUCAUCUCCAUGACAAGAAGGGAGUCAUGGAUGUGGAAGAAUGUGAGGAACCAGAUCUACCCACAGAGGAAAAUGCUGCUUCUGAGCUUCGUGAUACAAAAGACGAGACGGAGGAAAGGGAAGAGAAAGAGGAAAUUGAGUGCAACACAUUAGAUAAAAGAAAGCUGAGCAGACCGGUGAUGAGGCAGGAGAACUCGGAUCAUCAGUACUCUACUGGAGACUACAACUUUCAGGUCAAAGAAUCCCCACAGGAGCAUCAAGAGAGGGAUGAGGAAGAAGAACAUGAAGACGAACAUGAAGAAGAACAUGAAGACGAACAUGAAGAAGAACAUGAAGAGGAACAUGAAGAGGAACAUGAAGAGGAACAUGAAGAACACAUAGAAGAACACGAAGAAGAGCACAUAGAAGAACAUGAGGACAGAGAAAGAACCGAGUCUGAAACUGUGGACACGUACAGUUUAAGUCCAGCCACUCAGGGAACUGAUUCAGAGAUAUUACUCAGGGACCAAACUGUCAUCUCCCUCGUGACGAGCAAAGAAGGUUAUGAUGAAGGGGACGAGGAAGACAAUGAGGAGAAGCAGGAGAAGAGUCCAAAUGAGGUGGAAGAUGAAGAUGAAGAUGAAGAGGGAGAUCAAGACUCAGGCAAAGACUCUCCUGGUCCAUUGGUAGUAGAAGUUCGAUCUGAGGAUGAGGAGGAUGAGGAAGAGGAUGAAGAUGAGGAGGAAGAUGAGGAAGAAGAAGAGGAGGAGGAAGAGGAAGAAGAGGAGCAUGAACAUGCCUCAGAGGGCUCAGGGAUUACCGAUGACUCUGAGAACUGGGACAUGACCCGGGGCAACCUCGGGCUGCUGGAGCAGGCGAUCGCCCUGAAGGCGGAGGAGGUCCAGGGCGGCUCAGAGAGCUUCAGCUCCUCAGACUACCAACCACACAGCAGCUCCAUGAAGGCAUCAGAGACCGCCGCCCGCCGCGGCGGCUACUUCAGCAAAGAUAAGAAAGAAGUGAAGUGUCCCACACCGGGUUGUGAUGGAACAGGCCAUGUGACGGGUUUAUAUCCCCACCACCGCAGUCUGUCCGGAUGUCCUCACAAAGACCGCAUCCCUCCAGAAAUCCUGGCCAUGCAUGAGAAUGUCUUGAAGUGUCCCACUCCUGGCUGCUCAGGCCAAGGCCACGUGAACAGUAACCGCAAUACGCAUCGCAGUUUGUCUGGCUGCCCGAUCGCAGCGUCUUCUAAACUGACCAAGCACCAGGACAAACCCGUUCAUUUACAGGCUGCAGCCUCCGAGCCAUCCUCCAACUCGGACAGAGUUCUCAGGCCAAUGUGUUUUGUGAAACAGCUGGAAAUCCCUCAGUAUGGAAACUAUCGACCAAACACAGCAACAACAACACCUCGAGCCAACCUGGCUAAGGAGCUAGAGAAAUACUCCAAGGUGUCCUUUGACUAUGCAAGCUUCGAUGUCCAAGUGUUUGGGAAGCGUAUGAUUAUUCCGAAAACAACCAGCACCACUGACACCUCAGCCAAAGCCUCAAAGGUGUACGGAGAAGGAACUGAGGCUGUCCUGCUGUCACUGAAGGGCGGGAUGGGCUGCAUCUCUGAUCAACUCCCUCACACUCACACAGCUUCACUUCCCAAGGCUUCCUCACCGACUCAUGUUGUCUCAGAGAGUUUUCCUAAGACCCCCCUGUCCUCCAGCGGUUACGACUACAGCCAAGACGCAGAGGCGGCCCACAUGGCAGCCACCGCUAUCCUCAACUUAUCAACACGCUGUUGGGAGAGGCCGGAGACGCUCAGCGCCAACACCCAGAGUCCUUACACCAAGGAGCCAGACAUCGAGGUAGACGAGAAUGGCACCUUAGACCUCAGCAUGAAGAAGGCCAAGACGGACGAUACGCUGUCUCCAGAACCUUCAUCAUCCUCAUACUCUUCCUCUCAACAAGUGGGGGUGACAUCUCAGGACCAUAGUCGUGCUGAGUGGGAGGAGCCUCUCGAUUUCACUAAAUCAAGUGACGUCAAGGAAGAGGAUGAAGAAGAGAUGGACUACACUGCUCUUUCGUACUCCUCAUCUGAAGGCGAGGAAGAUGAUCCGGAGAACGUGGGGGACAGGAAGUACCCGGGUGAAGUUACGACCACGAACUUCAAAGUUAAGUUUCAGCCCAAAGACAGCAAAAAAGACAUUAUUGUGUGCCCGACCCCGGGCUGUGAUGGCAGUGGACACAUCACUGGCAACUAUGCAUCACAUCGAAGUCUGUCAGGCUGUCCUCUUGCUGAUAAAUCUCUGCGGACCCUCAUGGCUGCCCAUACGGCUGAACUAAAAUGUCCAACUCCAGGUUGUGAUGGAUCAGGCCACAUUACUGGGAACUACGCCUCACAUAGAAGUCUUUCUGGAUGUCCGAGAGCAAAGAAAGGUGGAGUGAAAACAACACCAACCAAGGAUGACAAAGACGACUCUGAGCUACUGAGAUGUCCCGUUCCGGGCUGUGACAGUCUGGGUCACAUCAGUGGGAAGUAUGCUACCCACCGCAGUGCCUACGGCUGUCCCCUGGCAGCCCGCCGACAGAAGGAGGGUCUCCUCAACGGCACUCCUUUCUCCUGGAAGGCCUUCAAGGCGGAGGGCCCCACAUGCCCAACACCAGGAUGUGACGGCUCUGGCCAUGCUAACGGCAGCUUCCUGACACACCGCAGUCUGUCAGGAUGUCCCAGAGCUACAGCCAAUAAGAAGAAGACAAAACUCCCAGGAGACGAGUAUAUAACUGCAAAGUUCAGAGCAAGUGAUGUUCUGGACAACGAUGAAGACAUCAAGCAGCUCAACAAGGAGAUCAGUGACUUAAACGAGUCCAACUCGGAGAUAGAGGCUGACAUGCUGCAUCUGCACACUCAGAUUUCUUCCAUGGAGAAGAACCUGAAGAGUCUUGAGGAGGAGAACAUCCAGAUCGAGGAGAAAAACGAGGCCUUGUUCCUGGAACUAUCGGGCCUUAGUCAAGCUUUGAUCCACAGCUUAGCUAACAUCCACCUGCCCACCAUGCAGGAACCUCUGACAGAGCAGAACUUCGACAGCUACGUGGACACUCUAACUCAGAUGUUCACCAACAAAGACUGCUACCAAAACCCGGAGAACCGGGCGCUGCUGGAGUCCAUCAACCAGGCAGUAAAGGGCAUUGAAGUGUGAUGAAAGCCGACCUGGACCCCCCCCUGUAGACCACAGCCCCUCGUUUCUCGUUCCAAACCUUUUAGAUACUACAACCAAUUCCUCGAUGCUGGAGCUUUGUCCUGUUCUUUGGAUUCUUGUUUCUGUUUGUUUUGCACGUUACUUUGUCAUGUUGGAAGUGUGCAGACUGAGGAGUAAUACUGACAAAAGCAUGGAGUGCAGUUCUGAGCCUGGACUACAUAGAUUCUUAGUAAAGGAACAUAUCCCAUCUCCACCCACAGACGUCAUUAGUACACGAGCAUCUUGUUGUUGCACCUUCAUUAGCUUGUAGGUUCUUAUAAUUGAUGUGUAAUAUUUUCAGUAAAGUGCAAUUGUUACUUUAAUAACCAACUUAUUUAUGUCUGUCUGAUUCUAUUAUGUGAACUAUUUAUUAUUUUAAGUAUUACUGAAUAAUUCUACUUCAGAUUUUGAAUAAUCAACAAAAAAUAAUUUCCUCUGCACUGUUGAUCAAGACUAAAUAUUUUAGGAUAUCAGCUGAAAAUUAUUUUAUAUAUUUAUUGUUUAUUUAAAGUACUGGAAUCUUUUUAUGCGCAAAUGUUUUGUAACACAAAUUUUUAAAUAAUUUUGUAAAGAUUUUUUGUGACCUUUGUUUUACAGGAUUUUGCCUCCCUUCCCCCGAAGUACAAUUUUACACCAUGCGAAAAACGUAUCUGCAUGUCUAUGGUUCUUAUUUGGUGAGCUUAGAUAUUCAUUUUGCAUUGUUUCUGUAUUACAAUGGUUGUAAACACAUUAGACUUAAAAUAAAGGUUAACCCACAAGGAAA